AUGUGCGUUUUCAUCCAGUGUUUCAGAACUCUCAAGGCUUAUUUUUCUGGGAGAGGGCUUGUACUCAGAAAGUUUCCAGAUCUUUUCUUGGUGAACAAUGAUAAACCGAGGCCAGUGGCUUUCUAUUUGGAUCCUCUGGCUUAUGCAUUUGCAGAUUAUGAAGAAAAGAAAAACUCUUUUAAAAAUUAUCUUGAAGGCUAAAAAAUAUGGAUCAGGAUGGCCCUUAAUUAUAAGUCAUAAUUGCAAAGUGCCUCUGACUCCCAGUUCCCCCUCUUCUCUUCUCUCCUCCUCAUCUCCUUCAUGCCCCCCCCAAUGUAAUACAUGGUUGUAUGAGCCAGCAUGGAGAAGUGCAGGGAAGAAGUAAAGAAGAAACAAGAAGAAAGGGAAAGACAAUAAUUCCACAUUAUUUCAAAGCAUCCAUGGAGAACUGUUUCUAAUUAAUAUUACCUGACAUGGUACUAUUUUCCCUAAAGGUCAAAUACUACAUAUAGAAAUCUGAAGCCCACACUUUACUCAUUCUUAUUUGCUUAAAUAUAAAUAAAGGAGAAAUUCAAAUUACACUCCCCAGAGAACUGUGUUGUUAUAAGCCUUCAAGUCUAUUACGACUUAUGUCAACCUUAUGAAUCAGUGACCUCCAAUAGCAUCUGUCGUAAACCAUCCUGUUCAGAUCUUGUAAGUUCAAGUCUGUGCCUUGCUUUAUGGAAUCAAUCCAUCUCUUGUUUGGUCUUCCUCUUUUUCUACUCCCUUCUGUUUUU